AUGGCAGUCUAUAGAAUUGCAAUUGGGUCGCCUAGAGAGGCUAGCAAUCCUGCUGCAAUCAGAGCAGCAUUUGCAGAGUUUUUCUCUAUGCUCAUUUUUGUCUUUGCAGGACAAGGCUCUGGCAUGGCCUAUAGCAAACUUACCGGCAAUGGACCGGCAACUCCUGGCGGUCUCGUAGUUGCAUCAUUGUCUCAUACAUUUGGGCUUUUUGUGGCGGUUGCUGUGGGGGCGAACAUUUCUGGUGGUCAUGUCAACCCUGCAGUCACAUUUGGUGCUUUCAUAGGAGGAAACAUAACCCUCUUGAGAAGUAUUUUGUAUUGGAUUGCACAGUUGUUGGGUUCAGUUGUUGCUUGCAUUCUUCUCAAGGUUGCUACUGGUGGAAUGGAAACAUCAGCUUUCUCUUUGUCUUCUGGUGUGUCAGUGUGGAAUGCACUGGUUUUUGAGAUUGUGAUGACUUUUGGCUUGGUACACACAGUUUAUGCUACUACAGUGGACCCAAAGAAGGGGAAUGUGGGUGUUAUUGGCCCAAUAGCAAUUGGAUCCAUAGUGGGUGCCAACAUCUUGGUUGGUGGGGCUUUUGAUGGAGCAUCCAUGAACCCAGCUGUGUGUUUUGGGCCAGCAUUGAUUAACUGGUCAUGGACUCAUCACUGGGUCUAUUGGCUUGGCCCAUUCAUUGGUUCAGCUACUGCUGCCAUUCUCUAUGAUAAUAUCUUCAUUGGUGAUGAUGGUCAUGAACCCCUUUCAAAUAGUGAUUUCUAGAAUUCCCCCCCGUAUUUAUGGAUGUAAUCUGGUGCUCUCCAUUUUGAGAAGUGAAAAACUGAAUGAAUGAAACAUUUUAUUUUUUUUAA